GGUUUUCCACUUUUACAAAUUUUUAGUUGACAAAUCCUUCUUGGGAGAAAAGAGUACAAAAAAGACCAAUGUGUAAAACAGAUUGGAGCAACUCUGUUUAGGGGAGGAGUGGAGGGAGAUAAGGCUCUCCAGAAACAAGAGGCCCUGAAGACACAUCUAUGAAGUCAGCCUUCAGGGCUGAGCCUGAGGACUGGUGAAGCUCGCUCAGCUGGACUCCCUUCCCCAGGGCCACAGAUUGCCUGUGGCUGAAGUGAAGUUGUGGAGAGCGCCUCGGGGCUGGGACUGUCCGCCCCACACCCUGGACACCCUGCUCAUGCCCGCCUGGGGCAGGGCUGUGAGGGUGCGGGAGGGCCACUCUGCGGAGGCCCUGACAGGUGAUGCAUUCCUCUAGAGGAUGGCCUGUCCCACUUCAGAGCCCAGGACCUGCGUGACAACAUCCCACACCCACUUCAGGAAACAGGACUAGGAGAGACUGGUGAGGGCAGGAAGGAGGGCAGCUAGGGCUCUGCUGAGCAGUGGGACAGCGGGGAAGACAGGUAGAAAUCCUCCAGGGUCUGCCCAACUGGCCAGAGGGCGAAAGGGGUGCUCCAAAUCACAGACCCGCUGCAGCCUUGCUCUUAAACACCACCCAGGUCUGUCCCCCACUUCACAGACCAGGAAACUGAGGCCCAGAGAGAAAGAGGUGAAUUUGCCUAGGUUUCUCAGCUGAUGGGUGGCACGGCCUGGACAAGAACCCAAAUUUCUUGACCUCUGGUCCAGUACCCUUUUCCAAAGGAAAAGGAAAAUAUUGUUUUGCUAGAAUAACACAGAGACAGGGCCAAAUGAGUCAAAAUGAGGACUAGACACUUGAAGGUAGGAGCCCUGUAUCUGCGACGCGAUUCUCCGUUAACCUGCCGGGUGACCUGGGGCAGGAAGCAACCCCCAACCCCGGUCUGGAUCCAGUUUCCUCCCCUGCUCCGCGGGACGCUGUCCAGGGGCCGAGUGGGGUCUAACACCCUCACCAGCACCUUCCACUCUGGAGUGAGAAGGACAGGUACAAGAGCCCCGCUGCCGCCUGGGAUCUCUGCACAGCCACUUCGCAGGCAGCCUGAGAAACGUCCGUUCCUCCGCCAGGCGGAGUUCUGCCCCGCGAGUCUUUAUCCCAGGCAAGGCUCCCCCACCUCGUGCACUGAGUCUACACGCGCGGGCCUUUUCCUUUGAGCCAGGGAUACACCCGCCGCCGCCCCUGCGCCGGCCCCCACAGGUCUGCGAUCAUGCACGUCGCCUUGCAUCACUUGAGUUACCGGCACCCGCUCCCUCGCUCGCAAACUCCCGCACUAGCCCGGCCACCCGCCUCUGCUCGCGCGCAUGGGGUGCUGGAGCCUUACCGCGGGCACCCUAGCCCCGGGCGGGUUCCCGGGGAGCCGCGGCGAGCGCGGGGAGGGGAGGAUCCCGGCAGAGAGGGGUAGGGUGCCAACGCCCAGACCCCGCCCUCUCCGCCCGGCCACGCCCUCGCAGGGCCCGCCCCGGCCGGCAGGGAGGAUGUGAGCUCACUCCCGCCUCCAUGUUCCCGGAGUCGCCUGGAAGCGUCAGCCCAAGGUCGCGGGCCGCUUGGGGAGUCAGCAGCGCGCCAGGCCCCUCCGGGUCCCACAAGCAUUAGGUGCCUUCUUGAUGGGUACGGAAUGAAGGAGGGCGGCGGCGGGACCGAGGCAACGCCCAGUUCGUAGCCGCCGCGCCGCCCGUGCCCGCGCACGCCACACCCCAGCGCGCUUCCGGCCGGGCCACGUGACCGCGCGUGCACGUGUUCCGGCCUCUCCGCGUCGCCGCUCGGAGCCCCCUCCUGGUCGCCCCGGCAUUCGUCCACCCGGAGCCGGCUUGGGCCGGGCCCGGGAGGCGGCGGCCGGGGGAACCUCGGAGACGCGAGCGCCGAGCGUCGCAGGGGAGCAGGCCCGGGCAGGCAAGCGGCGGCCUCCGCCAUGAACCCCAGGGGCCUGUUCCAGGACUUCAACCCCAGUAAGUUUCUCAUCUAUACCUGCCUGCUGCUCUUCUCGGUGCUGCUGCCCCUCCGCCUGGACGGCAUCAUCCAAUGGAGCUACUGGGCCGUCUUUGCCCCCAUAUGGCUGUGGAAGCUUCUAGUCGUCGCAGGCGCCUCCGUGGGCGCGGGCGUUUGGGCCCGCAACCCUCGCUACCGCACCGAGGGAGAGGCCUGUGUGGAGUUCAAAGCCAUGCUGAUCGCUGUGGUCAUCCACCUGCUGCUGCUCAUGUUCGAAGUCCUGGUCUGCGACAGGGUGGAGAGGGGCACCCACUUCUGGCUGCUGGUCUUCAUGCCUCUCUUCUUCGUGUCCCCCGUGUCCGUGGCUGCCUGCGUCUGGGGCUUUCGACACGAUAGGUCGCUGGAGCUGGAGAUCCUGUGCUCGGUCAACAUACUGCAGUUCAUCUUCAUCGCCCUAAAGCUGGACAGGAUUAUUCACUGGCCGUGGCUAGUGGUGUUUGUGCCCCUGUGGAUCCUCAUGUCGUUCCUUUGCCUGGUCGUUCUGUAUUACAUCGUCUGGUCCCUCCUGUUCCUGCGGUCCCUGGAUGUGGUUGCCGAGCAGCGAAGAACACACGUGACCAUGGCUAUCAGUUGGAUAACGAUUGUCGUGCCUCUGCUCACUUUUGAGGUCCUGCUCGUUCACAGAUUGGAUGGCCACAAUACAUUCUCCUACGUCUCCAUAUUUGUCCCCCUUUGGCUUUCCUUACUAACUUUAAUGGCCACAACAUUUAGGCGAAAGGGGGGCAAUCAUUGGUGGUUUGGCAUUCGCAGAGACUUCUGUCAGUUUCUGCUUGAAAUUUUCCCAUUUUUAAGAGAAUAUGGGAACAUUUCAUAUGAUCUCCAUCACGAAGAUAGUGAAGAUGCUGAAGAAACAUCAGUUCCAGAAGCUCCGAAAAUUGCUCCAAUAUUUGGAAAGAAGGCCAGAGUAGUUAUAACCCAGAGCCCUGGGAAAUACGUUCCCCCCCCUCCCAAGUUAAAUAUUGAUAUGCCAGAUUAAACUCCUAGAGAGGACCCAGGCACACACAGACUCCACCUUGCCUUUGCCUCUUGUUCAUUCAUCCCAAACCUGGAAAUGGAAACAGGCUUCAAACACUGUCGUCUCACGCCCUGUUUGAGAUCACCGCCUCAUCAGUAUGCAUCAUAGAUGGAGGUGGCUUCAGUAUGUGGGUGUGUGUGGUGUGUACCUGGGUAAGAGACUUGCUUUCCAGGUUUGCACUUUCAGGUGUAGCUGGGGGCAGUAAGUUGAAUUGUUUUAGUAGGUCCUCAAAACGAAUAACUACACAGCUGUUUGUUUAAGUGCUACUGUACCUAUCAAAAGUAUUGUUUAAAAAGUAUUUUUAUACACUGCUAAUCUAAAAUUGUAUUUCAGAUUGUGCCUGUCAUAACAAAGCAAAUGUAAAGAGUUCUCUUUCCCACCACUUGUUUAUAAACCUCAUAGUUGAUAUUUUUAGUGUUCCUACUGUUAAAAUACGCUCUCCUUGGGCUUUGCUGAUACUGGUCUUUAAUAUUCUGAUAGGUGAAUUUUUCUAAUGGAAUGAACCCAUGCAUAUAUAGUAUUUAUAUGAAUAUUUUAGCAGUGUAAUAUGUUGAAUUCUAGUUCUCUGCAUUACCAUGUAUUAUGUUAAAGUAUUUUUUAAAGCUUACGUGUGAAGAUAUGUGUCUAUUGCAGAUGUCCUGAAAACUACAUAAAACAGUAUGUGCCAGGUGUGGAUCUUACCAAAGUACUAGGCAUGAAUAUAGGGAUUGCAAAUCCCAUGGGUCUUAAUAUUUAGGUGUUAGUAACUAAGGUCUCUGGUAGUACCCGUUAGUAGAGGAAGAGGCCACUGCCCUUGGGAACUUGUGACACGCUCCAGUGUGGUACCAGGCCAUAAAGUGGCACUGUUAUUUAGCACCUUGAAUUUUUCCACACAGGUAGUAACUGUGUGGAAAUAAGCAACAAGUGGUUUGUCCAUUUCUAAGAAUCUUAAACUAUUAGUUGGCUGUAGUGUGAAGCAUUACUUGUCAUUGGAAAGAUGGAGAGAGUGGCCUUAACUGGAAGUGGUCAGCAGAAGCAGGUGUCAUUUUAAGGGCCAAACUUUCAUCUGUCAGCAAUAGGGAAACAACAGUUAAAAUUCUCUUUGUAGAUAAGAACAGUGUUUCUUUUUUCUUUUCUUUUUUUUUUUUUUUGUUUGUUUGUUUUGUUUUGUUUUUGAGACAGUUUCACUCUUGUUGCCCAGGCUGGAGUGCAAUGGCACGAUCUUGAUCUCGGCUCACCGCAGCCUCCGCCUCCCAGUUCAACUGAUUCUCCUGCCUCAGCCUCCCGAGUAGCUGGGAUUACAGGCAUGCGCCACCAUGCCUGGUUAAUUUCGUAUUUUUAAUAGAGACAGGGUUUCUCCAUGUUGGUCAGGCUGGUCUCGAACUCCUGACUUGAGGUGAUCUGCCCGCCUCGGCCUCCCAAAGUGCUGGGAUUACAGGCGGGAGCCACUGCACCCGGCAAGUACAGUGUUUCUUUAGGUGCUGGUGGUACACCAGGGAAUCAGGGCAGAAGCCGGAUCCUGCAAGAGUAAUGUUUGAGAACAAAUAAAUACUUUCGAAAGGAGGUCAAAACAAAAA